UAAAGUAUACUUGAUAUCCGUAGAGUCGAGUUAUUCUCUUAUAAUUUCUGCACACCUUCUCCUCCCACUCAGUGUGCCUUGCUCUCUGCUCAACUGAGGACGCUUUCUGCUGAACUGAGUUGGAACUCCUCCACGGAUCAACAGCGGCUUUCUUCAAACUCAAUUGAAAUUUGUAUCACCUCAGUGUCAAUGUCUGGUUCUGGCAACCCACAACUCUAUAGGCCUCAUGAUGUGUUCACUGCUAUGGGUCGUUGUUGGGUAUUGGAAGAUGAGUUCAGCUAUCCAAUAAAUCCGAAUUUGCGAAAUAGUGCUUACGUUCACAAUACCAUGAGACAGGAGUGGGCUUGGUUAUUUCGUGAACAACAAAUGUUUUAUGAUGAGUUGGUUGGUUUGAAGUUGCCAGUGCCUCGGCGACUCGCAUCACAAAUGCCCAGAGACAGCAUCGACGAACUUCGUAAAGCAUUGAACCGCAUAAGAGAAGAAAAUAAUCGAAUGAAGAUACGUCUUAAUCGAUAUCGGACCCAAGUCGAGAUUCGAGAGUCAGUGCAGGAAGGGUGGUACGAGCAUGCACAGUUCAUGCAAUCACUUCUUGCUGAUCCCAUUUAUCAGUCAGACGUGGAGAUGUCAGAUGAAGAGUAAUCAUGUCGUGUCGUGGUGUAAUUAGAUUUUGU